CAAGGAAGAUAUCAAAGAAGAGGAUUCGAGAGAGGAAGGUUAUCACAGAGGAUUUGAGAGAGGAAGAUCUCACAAUCAGAGAGGAAGAGUCGGGAGCAGAGGAACGCAGAGAGGGGGACUGAGGAGGAAAAUAAGGACACUUCAAAGGAAGUUGCAGUAUCAAUUAAAAAAAGAAAAAGUAUUUGUUGUGACCGCACCUCUAUCAUCACAGUAUGUGCUUUCACCAGCGCAGUACGUGCCUUCACCAACGCAAUACGCUCCUCCACCAACGCAAUACGCGCUUCCACCAACGCAGUACGCGCCUACACCACUACCGUCACCACCACCACCACAAUAUACGGCUUCACCACAAAUGUACGCGCCUUCACCACCACCACCACCACUUAUUUACUCGACUCCAGUACAGUAUGCGCCACAGUAUGGUCGGAGUUCAAAAGUCGCAGGAGCACGUUCACAGAUUUGGAGAAGGAAGAGAAACUUCUAA